AUGCCGAAUAGAAAGCAAGAAAAGAGCGCUCCAUCGGGAGAUGCUAACCCUGUAGCAGAUCAAGCUAACGCGAGUGCAACUGGGCCUGGAGUCACUACGAGCGAUCUGCUCCGGGCUAUCGAGUCACUCAAAUCCGAAUUGAAAGAAGACAACGAAAAGCUGAGAAGUAAUAUAAAUACAAUGCAACUGGAACUGAGCAACAAACUGGAUACGAUGACUGAGGACAUACAAGACUUGAAAGAGCGAAUGGGGACUGCAGAAACUCGAGUGUCCGAGGUGAAGGACGUGACACUGGUGCUGACAGAGGCGCUCUCUGAAAGAAACCUGCAAUCCAAGGUUACCGACCUCGAAUCCAGGUCCCGUAGAAACAAUAUUCGUCUUUUUGGAGUGGGAGAAGGAGAGGAGAACACAUCCGUAAUGCAAUUCAUGGCGGACUUUCUCCAGCGCGAGUUACCUCUGACGGGCAUAGAGCUAAAGAUACAACGGGCUCACCGCGUCCCCGCACAGAAACCCCGCUCCGGUGCCCCGCCAAGACCGAUCGCGGUUAACUUUCAGGAGUUCACCACGAAAUAA